AUGCAGUUUGAAUGUGCAUCGUGCGUCGGACCUUCAAUAUCUGGCGCCGGCGCCUCCAACGACGCCGACCGGCCUCAUUCCUACUUUGAUUGGCGAACCUUCUGUUGUCUUACUCAUUGGAAGGAGGUUGGUCGGGUGGAAAUUUCGAGAUUCAAACAAAAACUGAAAAUAAAAGAGAACUAACACCAAGUACAUUUUACUCCACGACAAGGCUACUGUAGCCUCGGUGUUUGCACCGAAUACAUUUCAGCGAACGACUGGAUUCUAGUUUGAUCUCAACUUUUUUAUCUUUUCUUUUUCUCAAUUGCUUCUGCAAAUACGGAACUAAUUCGACCGGGAAGACUACGAAAUUAUAGACUUUCUUUGACUUUUGAGUCUCGACUAGAAUGCGAAAUGUUUUCACAAGCGAUUCUCACAGAUUUAUAAUUAUAAAAAUUCUUGUUUUUUUUUCUUUUUUCACUUCAUUUUUAGAAAUACCAAGCAUUUUUUUUGUUUUUCAUAGCGUAUUCAAAUUGAAACACAAAGAAUGUACACGGAGGUCUUGAAGCUAUUUUUUUUUAGUUUCAGAAUAAUAACAUUUUAUGAAAUUUUUCGUCAUAAAAUGCAUGUAUUUAAAAGUAAAUCGGAAUAUUUCUUUUGUUUUUUUCUUCAAUGUUCUUUUUAGAGCAUAAGGCCGUGGCUUUAAGUUCAAGAAGUAGCUUCAUUACUGCCUUUUUUUUUUAAAUAUUUCUAUUUUUUUUUCUGGAAAAUUCGCUUUUUUUCAGGUAAAAAGGAGCGCAGAGAUGAACGGCCUCUGCUGCUGUACGCCUUGUAAACCACGGUCAGUUUAUUCUGCAUUAUUGGUUCAAUUAAAAAAAAAUGUUUUUAGAUACCGCCGAUUAGUGGAUUCCAUAUAUCCACGAGCGGUGACCGAAGGGUUGAUUUCUGCCAACAUGCAGAAGGUUUUGAAAUCCUAUAUUUUGAUGGAAUACAUAAUUUUUCCCAAUGCUUCAGUUGACCUUCUACGCCAUUUCUCAUCCCGAGAAAUUGGAGCGGAUCGGCGAAUAUUUGGUCAUGAGGUUGAGCCGGGACCUCAGCCGCCAACGGGAUGUUCAAGUGAAGGUAAUUAUUCCAUUUUACAAAAAAAUGGCUAUAAACUUUAUUCAGAUCGCCGUAGAAGCCAUGGAUCAACUGCUGCAAGCUUGUCACAGGUUUCAAUUUUAUUUUAAGAUUUUUUUCAAUUUUAAAUCCUUUCCAGUUCGCCAAGUUUGCCCCAGUUCACGGAAAAUCAUCUCAGAAUGGUCCAGAAGCUUCUGGAAAGCAGCAACGCAAAAAAAUGGAGGUGA